AUGGCAGACUUAUUACACAAGCCAUUGCUAGACAUCGAAGAACAGCCGCAGACCAGUAAGAAACCCGCACGUGUUGCCUCUCUCGAUGUCUUUCGUGGUCUCUGCGUCGUUCUAAUGAUGCUAGUUGAUUAUGGUGGAGCAAUUAUUCCAAUUAUCGCUCAUUCUCCAUGGAAUGGACUUCACCUGGCAGAUUUUGUGCUUCCCUUCUUUCUCUUUAUUGCUGGAGUUUCUCUUGCACUUGUUUACAAGAAAGUUCCAAACCGAAUAGAAGCCACAUGGAAGGCAGUGUUAAGGGCAGUAAAACUAUUUUUGCUAGGUGUAAUUCUUCAAGGUGGCUACUUUCAUGGAAUAAAUUCCUUGACGUAUGGUGUUGGCAUGAAAAGAAUACGUUGGCUUGGAAUUUUGCAGAGAAUAUCUGUUGGAUACAUUUUUGCUGCUUUGUGUGAGAUCUGGCUUUCAUGUCGAUCACGGAGAGAAGUAAGCUUUCUCAAGAGCUAUUACUGGCAUUGGUGUGUGGCAUUUUCACUAUGUGCAGUGUACCUGGGGUUAUUGUAUGGUUUAUAUGUUCCAGAUUGGCAAUUUGAAAUGUCCAAUGCAACUUCUUCUGUGUUUCCGACAAAUCAGAGUUAUGUUUACAUGGUAAAAUGUUCUGUAAGAGGCGACCUUGGUCCUGCUUGUAAUUCAGCUGGAAUGAUUGAUCGCAAUGUACUCGGCGUGGAUCACCUAUAUCAAAAACCUGUUUACAGAAACCUGAAGGAGUGCAACAUGUCCACCUAUGGCCAAGUUCCAGAGCUUUCGCCUUCCUGGUGUCAUGCUCCUUUUGAUCCUGAGGGUGUCUUAAGCUCCUUAACAGCUGCAGUGACUUGCAUAAUUGGACUUCAAUAUGGUCAUCUUCUUGCUCGCUUACAGGAUCACAAGGGACGCAUGGAAAACGGGUCCCUCUUCUCAUUUUCGCUUCUUGCAGUUGGAUUGCUCCUUGCUCUUAUAGGCGAUCCUGUGAAUAAAUCCUUGUACACAAUCAGUUAUAUGCUGAUUACUUCUGCUUCGGCGGGGAUCACAUAUUCUGCUUUAUACUUCUUGGUAGAUGUACAUGGUUACAGAUGCUUGACAUUUGUAUUGGAGUGGAUGGGAAAGCAUUCUUUGACUAUUUUCGUACUCAUAAAUUCUAACUUAGCUGUUAUUACAAUACAAGGAUUCUACUGGAAAGUUCCUGAAAAUAACAUGAUUCACUGGAUUGUUAGUCAGUUUGUGCACAGAUGA